AAGUCAGAUUUAAAAAAGAAAUUCUAAAAACUCUGAAUUAAGUUCAAAACCGAAACAAAAAGCAAGCUAAAAUGGAGUCCAUUGCCACAUAAAAUAAGUAAUAAGCAAGUUCAAGCUUUUUUUUUCAAUUCUGGUGCAUUUGUGCUGUGCUAUGGCUUUGUCUUCUUUUUUGUGACUCCAUUGUUUUGAUUAAUACUCUACACAUUCAUAAAACUAACUACACAUAAAAACAUCGAAUAAAAUAGAUGAAGGACUAAAUAAUUGCACGUUUAAUUUGAUAUCAUUAUUUCAUCAAUUCAUCAUUUGCAUUUAAGCUUCAACAUGUAUUCGAAAUCAAAAAUUAUAUUUGCAAUAAGUGUGCUACAUUUUUGUGCUAUUCAGUUCGUGAAAGCAGAAUAUUCAGAGUUUGUCACACUGCCACAAAGCCAAACUGUUGUUGAAGGGGAUUCAGUGAUAUUUACAUGUCGGGCAUCGCCAGAAAACGAUCUUAAAUAUUCUUGGACAUUUAAUGGACUACUUCUUCACAACUCAACAAAAAUUAAACAGAUUAACUCUAAUUUAAUUAUUGAAAGAGUAAAUAAAAGUAACGAUGCGGGUGACUACGUCUGCAUAGCGACCAACACAGGCAGUGGAGCUCGGCAGGCUUCACCUCCAGCUCACCUGAAAAUAAAUGUCAGAGAAAUUGCCUUUGUACAUCUGGUUUAUAGUAAAAUAGACGAAAUUGUACUUGAAUGUCGUGUGGACUGCUCCCACGACAACAGUAAUCUCAAAAUUGAAUGGUUUCAUAACAACGAUAAGUUAAGCUACUCAAAAAAUAUUGAAUUAAUAAAAAAUCGUCUUUAUCUACGUAAUAUAAGCAUCAAAGAUAAUGGAUCCUACCGUUGUACUGCCAAUAACCAAUUGUGUCAUAUUAACAGUAAAAAUGGAUACAAAUUAAAUCUAGCUGAUUUGAAACCUAUGGCCGGUCAUAUUGGUUCCAAUUGUAUACCACGCAUAAAAAAGACGAAGGGUUUUUCCAAUUCCUAUAAUCAUACAUUUUUAUGUCGUGGAAAACGCGGUGGAGCUAGCAGUAACACACCAAUUCUUAGGGAAAUGAAUCAAAUCAUAGAACAACCGCAAGAGAAAUUUGUUAUAAAAGAGAAUGAGCAAGCAGAACUACACUGUUCGUAUAAAGCUAAUGAUAAUUAUUUAAAAGCGGAUAAAUUUAUACAGUUGCGUUGGCGUAAAGAUGGAAAAAUUAUUCGUCAAAUUGAUCUUAUUCAAAAUCUUAUAGCUACAGUAGAACCUAAUAAGGAUUUAAUGUUGAGAGAAGAUGUGCGUAUUAUAUUUCAUCGAGAAAACGGCUCACUGACAUUUAAUGGCGUAAUAGCAAGUGAUGCUGGUCUCUAUUCAUGCGAAAUGUAUAUUGAGGGCGAAGAUGCUGCUCUUCUUAAUACCGCUGAAUUACAAAUUAUAGAACAACUCAAGUUUAUGCCGCAACCAACAACAUCUAAAAACUUAGAACUUGGCUUAGUAGGCAAGGUACAUUGCAAAGCUCAGGGUACUCCACCUCCACGUAUUAGAUGGUUGAAAGAUGUAAAUGAAACACUCUCUUCUGACACAAUUGAAGACAUUAAUGGAACUUUAAUAUUUAAAAAUGUCACCGCUAUGCAUAAAGGAAAUUACACCUGUAUUGCUAGUAAUAGCCAAGGACAAAUAAAUGCAACGGUCAGUGUAAAUGUUGUUGUUGCACCUAAAUUUCUUGUUGCACCGGAGGGACCAAUAGAAACGGAAGAAAAGGGUAUAGUGGUAUUUCACUGUCAGGCAAUUGGUGAUCCAAAACCUACCAUUCAAUGGGACAAAGACUUGCAAUAUUUAAGCGAAAAUAAUACAGACAUAAACAGAUUUUAUUUCCUAGAAAAUGGAACAUUAGAAAUACGCGAUGUACAACCUGACGAUGAAGGAAAUUAUGGUUGCACUAUUGGCAAUAGUGCCGGUUUAAAAAGGGAAGAAGUGAAAUUUGUUGUAAAAUCUGUUGAUAAUUAUUUAGUGGAUGGUGAAUCGAAUGAAGGUUUUCUUAUAACACGAGCCGUAAUGAUUACUAUGACAGUAGCUUUGGCUUAUAUUGUUCUUGUGGUUGGUUUAAUGAUUUGGUGUCGAUAUAGAAGACAAGCUCGUAAAGCUCGCUUAGAGGAAGCAAAUAAAGAAAAUUCAGAAACAGGUGAACAUAGUAAAAUAGCUGAAAAUGAACCAUGUCUCACAGAAAGUAAUUCCAUGAAAAAUCAAACACCGUUAAAGACCAAAAAAGUGAAUGGUAAUAAACACCCACGUAACAGCGGUAAUGAUCCGCAAAAAUCAGAUGAUACGGCAUGCAGUAAUCAUUCUAAAGGUUCAAAAUUUUCUCAUGCUUUUGAUCAGUUAACGCUUCCACGAACAGAUAUAACUGAACUUAUACAAAUUGGACGCGGCGAAUUUGGAGAUAUUUUUGUUGGUAAAAUUAAAGAAAGCAUUAUUAAGGAAAGAGAUGAUUUCGAAAGUGAUAGCAAGAAGAAAAAUGGAUACGAGAAUAUUAAUCAAAUAACAUCUGGCAAUACAAGCACCAAUCUUAAUUUUGCAGAUGAACGUCGAUCAAAAACCUCUAUGGAUAAUAUUGAAGAAAUCAAAGAGGAACAAGAAAGCGGCAAUGGAGAUACAAAAGCUGCAAAUGAUAAUCACAGAUUAAUAUUGGUGAAAGCUUUAAAUAAAGUAAAAGAUGAAUAUGCUUGUCAAGAAUUUAAGCGACAAAUAGAAAUGUUUCGAGCUAUAAGUCAUAAAGGUGUAGUUCGGUUGUAUGGAGUUUGUAGGGAAAAGGAUCCACAUUAUAUAGUUCUAGAAUAUACAGACUGGGGCGAUCUGAAACAAUUUCUUUUAGCCACAGCAGGCAAAGUAAACACAUCUGUAAACUCAGUGUCACCACCGCCGCUUAAAACUGGACAAAUAUUAGCUGUUGCUUAUCAAAUUGCUCGUGGAAUGGAUGCUAUUUACAGAUCUAGAUUUAUACACAAGGACUUAGCCACAAGAAACUGUGUGAUUUCAAGUGACUUUAUUGUGAAGGUUUCUUAUCCGGCGCUUUGCAAAGAUAAAUAUAGUCGUGAAUAUUUCAAACAUCGCAACACUUUGUUACCCAUACGUUGGCUUGCCCCUGAAUGUAUAGAUGAAGAUGAAUAUACUACAAAAAGUGAUAUCUUUGCUUUUGGAGUAAUGGUGUGGGAAUUAUUUAAUCAAGCAACUAAAAUUCCAUUUGAAGAUUUAUCUAAUGAAGAAAUAAUACAACGAAGUAAAUGUAAUCAAUUAGAUUGGACAGUGGCAGACGGAACUCCUGAUUCACUUAAAGAAAUACUCAAAUCAUGUUGGAAUGUCAACCCAAAAGAUCGUCCAUCAUUCAGUCAAAUAUGCGCAUCACUCAGCAAAACAAUGCAAAAUAGUGAUAAAUAAUUCAAUUGUUCAAGCAUUUUAUCACAUAUUUUUAUAUAUAUUGUUACUCGAA